UCUUUUUUCCUUUUUUCUCUGGUUUUUGCUUCUUCCUCUCAUCCUCCACUAGUUUCUGCUCUUAUCCUUCACAAUAGUACUAUAAGUUGUGAUUCCAUGUACCGUGUUCUUGUCUCUUCAAUUUCUGUCUUACUGCUGGUGAAGGAGACGGCCUUUUGAUAAACAUCUGAAGGAAACUUAGUACACUAGCAAGAUCUAGAGCCAAAGGUAUCAUGUCUGAUCGUGUUACACAAUCAUAUUCGGAUUAUGAUGGUAGAACUGGGAAGUCUAUACAUUCAGUUCAAUCUGUAUGGAUGGCACAUUGGACUAGAACAAGCUACAAUGCGACAGCAGAAACACACACUCAUGCACCUAUUGCUGUUGGAAACAAGGAAAUUGACCAAGAUUCUAAGCCUCUCCGAUCAUUUGUUGAAAUGGAGACAAUGUCGUCCAAACUUUCUAAAUCCGUCAAAAGAUUAAGAGAAUCUGAAACUCAGACAUUUGAAGUCAUUAACGAGAGUCUGAGAACAAGUUCAAGAACCAUCGCAAAAGAAACUCUAGGCAAUUGGUCCUUACCAUUGCACAGUCCUAGUGAAAAUGUCAAAACUCAUUCAUAUGACAUUGGUCGUAAUAUUGUUGCAUCGAGGCCUUUGCUAGAUAGUCCAAAUCACUUAUCAUCUCAUCUUGUGCCAUACCGAGAUCCUGGCCAGUACAUAACUAAAGAAGGGGGAAAGACGCAGAAACCAUUCAUAAGUAGAUCAUUUCUAGCUGCAAAUGAAGAAGUGCCAAGACCGGGAAUGUUAGAGCAUGCACCCUCCACAAGCAGAAAACUUCUCCCAGGAUUUGGUGGAGAAGAGUUCCAGAAAAUUCCAGGUUGUUCCUUUAUCAGGUUGUUAAAAAAUGAAUCCAGUCCUUCCCAGGUAACUGAAUCAAAAGAGUUACAUCAUCAUUCUUAUGACCAGAAAAAGCUACCACGUCCUUUGCUUGGUGUAGAGUCGAUGAGAAUAAGUAAUACUAUGGACUCUGUAAUGGGAAUGGCUGGAUAUGGUCCCCAUGUUUCUCAGUCAACUCAUAGUAUGUUAUUCACAAAAGGAACAGAUGCUGAUCUGUUGGAAGGAAACAAAGUCAUCGGUAAUUCAAGGAUGUGGAGUGAACUUAAUGGGAAAGCAUCAUUAAGUGAUCACGAUAGCCCAUCUAAAUCUUUUGGUCAUUAUAAGGGAGGAAUGAAGCUUCAUGGAAAAGAAAAUUUAGAAAGCAGUAAGCCUUCUAAAUUUGUGUUAAAGAAUGAAUCUUCAGCUGAAACGGAUACCAUGGACAUGAAUGUGUUUCACGAGAAGAACCAGCUUUGUGGUACGAGUUCCUCUAUAGUAAAGAAGGUGAACAAAAUGGACCAGAAUUCGUCCCCUCAACUUGCACUUGACUGCUCCAGGAAAGAACAUGGACACAAAAAGUUCAAGUGGGAUAUAAACUUAGAGCUGCCUGCUCCAACUGAUAAUAUGGAGGCAAGUUCUUCCAGAACUGAAAGUUUGGACUUGGGAUCAAUACUCGCCCGUGCUGAACAGCCCGGUUCAUCAAGAACUGAUCUUUCUCCUGAAGGGCUUCUUGGACAAGACCCUAGUAGUAGAUGGGUUAAGCGCCUCAAAGUGAGUGCUUCUGGUUCUUUGGCUUUUGGGACUAAAAGCUCCAGUUUACCAGGGGAGAGGGAGGCAUCUCAUGAGAAAUCACACAAGUUCCUUAGCAAACGUACUCAAGCAAAAACCAUAACUAACUCAGAGUUAGCAUCUAGUAAACGUCAUGGUAAAGAAUUGAUGGCUCACAAUAGCCCUUCUUCUUUGAGCGUUGUCAAGAAAGAUUUGGAGUCAUUGACUUCACACUCAUGGAUUCAAAGGUUGCUUCAAAAUAGGGCUACCGCUGCACAAAAGAGGCCCCAACCGGUGGUGGUUUGUGAGCCUCAAAUCUCAAAGUUGGAGCUCGAUGAUUUCCAGAAGAAGCAGCUUCCUAGCCUUGGUGCCAUGGCCCUAAUGGGAAAGGCAAUGAAUGGAUUUCAGCCGUGUGAAUUCCAUAGGAAAGGCCCUUUAGUUGUUUGGAACACUAGGAGUUUCUGAAAACUAUCAAGCAGGAACAGUUGUUAGGCUUCAGAGACAAAAACACUAGGUGGACAGAGUUUCUUUGGCACCUGUUGCUGAUGGGAGGUGGCAGGUCAGAAUAAGUCGAGGUGCGCGCAAGCUGGGCGGACACAAUGGUUAUAAAAAAAUCCAGUUAUUAGGCUUCAGUUUGAUCCGCCAAUAGUGCCAACAUGCCCAAAUAUCUUUGACUUGCAUGGUACGGAGAACAGAUCUCAUGGAUUGUAAUGCUUGAGUGACCUGGUGCAUGUUGGAGCUUGAUGUAAAUAGUUGGCGCUAGUAAGUACUUUGUCUUAUAUUUAUAUUUGGAUUCUGUAUUUGCCUAGAUGGUGCUACUUUGUAUUAAACGUAAUGAUGAAAGCACCAGCAUUAGGCGUGCUUCUCUAUUCAGCUCGGACAGGGUUUUUGAGAUUGAGUAUUAACAUAUAGGAAGCAUAAUCUGUUUGAGAA